AUGGAAAGAGAAGGAAAGGAAGGAUUCUGGGCACUGGGUUUUGAUCGGGAGAAUAUGAGAAAUCGUUCCAUGGAGACGGAUUUGCGUUUGGAGGUCUGUAGAUGCCUCGUCGGAGCUUCGCCGGAACGUCGCCGGAGUGUCGCCGGAUUCUGGAAAAAAAUAAACUGCAACGAAACUUCAAAAGGUGGAUAUGGUUGCGUAGAGGGCGAUCUCAGGAGCGUCACGGUGUCGACGAAAUCGAAUUCGGACGUCGGACGUCGGAUGAGGGAGAACCGAGUCUCCCAAGUUUGA